CACCUACUAAGAGAGUAAACGUAAUCUCGUGCACUGGCAAAGGCGCUGAUGGGAUCGCAUUGAGAUUGAUAAGAAACAAAUUUACUCCAAAAUUAUUCUUAUGAUGGUAAUGGUACUCCCUCUUCCUAGCUAACAUUGUAUAAAAAGAGAUACUCUCGGUGGGGAUCGAACCCACGACCUUGGGUUUAUUAGACCCACGCUCUAACCAGCUGAGCUACGAAAGCAGGAUCACGCUGUCAACAGUGAAAGAAUAUUCAAUUCUUGAAUGUGAAGAGACACGGAUCAUUUCGAAAGGGAAACAGAAAUCAUCCAAAUCAUCACCAUUUCUUGUGUUUCCUCACACAGCUUUGAUGAUCUCGUCAUGCCGGAUGGCACUCUGUCAGAUUGUGUUUCUUGCUCGCUAAUAGAAUUCCUAGGGCGAAGAUGAAUGAUUGUUUCAGAAUCUUGGUACCUAUUAUCACCUGUUGGUUACUCAAUAAUGCUGAGGCAGUGAAUCCGUCACCAAAUUUUUCGCCAUCGGCUUAUUCUCACAGGCAUGAAGCAGGGGGCACAGGUAACAACCACCUCCAGGAAGAAAUUGACCUCGGCACAACCCUUGUGGCAAUCAAGUAUGCUGGAGGAGUUGUUGUAGGCGCAGAUACGAGAACAUCAGCGGGGGGAUACGUCUCGAACAAGUUUGCGUACAAAAUCAACCCGAUUUUUAGACCCGAUUUCGAAGAUCCGACCGAAGUGGACGAGAGCGACGAGCCGUCACGAAUUUCCUCAUCCUCGUCAUCUUGUGUGUUGUGCCGGUCGGGAAGUGCAGCAGAUACGCAAUGGCUGGCAGGCUUGGCCAAGCAACGAUUUCAGAUGCGUAAAUUGGAACGUCCUGGUUAUCGUCCUUCGAUAUCCGAAGUAGCACACUUCCUUCGAUAUCAAAUGAGACAAGGUGGUGGUGAGUCACAGUUUCAAGCCAGUUUGAUUUGUGCUGGCUAUGACUCGGUGACAAAUGGUGGUCAAAUAUUUGGAGUCACCCCCGGUGGAAGCUUGUGGGAAGAAGAUAACUUUUGUGUCAGUGGAUCAGGUUCAACGAUCUUGUUGGGGUAUCUGGACGAUGCUCUGCAAACUGCAAAGCAAAACUUUGCGUCCGAGUAUACGGAAGAGUGUGCAAUAGCACUCGUUACGAAACUUUUGCGGCUAAGCAUAGCGCGAGACGGAAGCUCUGGUGGACUGGUGCGGCUCUAUGUAAUAAAUCGAAACGGCCUCGAGGAACGGACCGUCUAUCCUUUUAUGGAUACCAGUACGUCAACAGCGCCGUCAGUAGAAGGAGCUGGAGAAAAAACAACCCAUACAGACUUAGAGGGAUUCGCUAAACCCGUUUCUGGUUGUUGAAACAGCAGCUGAAACUAAAAUUGUGUAAUAUUGUGCUAAAAAGUGGGCUUUCUACUUUUAAAUCUAUUCUAUUUUAUUCAAGUCCCAUACAGUGGUGACCAAAGUACUGCGGUGUUGCUGCUCUAUUCCUCGAUUUCAAUGAACAACUCCAUCUACUUUUCAUUGUCUAUCUACUUUAUUCCAGUGGUCGAUGAUAGCGGCAGCAAUAUGCCGCCCCCAAAGUUCGUAUCCCUCAUCGUUUGGAUGUAUCCCGUCAACCGAAACAAAAUCUCUACCCUCGCCAAUGUUACCUUUAUUGUCAGGGCUAGCGUUGCUAUUAUUGCCUGCGAGUGAUGAUAUCGAACAAGACUGAUCAUGAUCCGACUUGGAUUUACUCUCGCUUGACAAAGAUUCUUCUUCUUUUGGACCGUAGUAAUUUUUCAUGACUUCUUCUAUUCUUUCCCUAACAGAGCGAACACUGUCGGUGACUCGCAGUAGCAAUUGCUCAUUUUUGAUAUUUUUUCGAAUGGAUCCAAUACCCAUUUCCUCGUCGGUCCACCACUCCAAGUCAGGCUGAUGCACAAAAACAACAUUAUCUGGAAAACAAGAUGCCAAGAAGCGUUUGUUGUUCUCCAUUGCACGAAAUAUCGGAAUCAAAAACCAACACAGAGGAACUAAUCGAAAAAACUGGAGAGGAGCCACCGGUAGUUCUGGAACCACCACCAAUGGGUGUCUCAUAUUUUUUGGAUUCUCACUUGACUGCUGGACGUUUGAUGCUUUUUGAAGACCGUCGCUAGGAAGAAAGGUGUUUGUUGACUUCUCCUGGUCUUGACUAUUUCUCUUUCUGUUAGUAUGUUCAAGAUCCAAAUUUCCAUGCAUCUUCUCCUUUAGUGCUUCUAAAACCUGACGAAGGCUGUUAUUGAGCUUCGUCGGUCCCUGACCACUGCUCUUAUUCAUGUGUGGCAUGAAUGCUUCUUUCACGUCAUUUAAACCUGUCAGAACGACAGCAAUGUCAUAUUCGGCAGCAGCCUUGGAAACAACGGAUGUCCUCCGAAAUAGAGUUCCUUUAUGGAUCAAGGGAAUGCGUUCACUUUUUGAAUGGUUAUCAUCUUUGUUUACCGAUCCCACAUCUCUUUCGUUUGCCAAUAUAUCCUCUGGAGGAAGGUUCUCUCGAAAGUAAUCGUAGUAAUAGUCAUCUUCGUCAUCGUCAAGUUGGGGCAAUGGCUUCAAAACAAUAUCUUUGAUGGCAGAUAAAUCUUCCUCUACCAGUUGCUUUCGUUUUCGAAACAUAAGUCGAACAUUACUCCACCACUCGUUAAGGACUCCUUGUGGAUUAUUUGGAAUCUCCGCAGAAUCAAACUUCUCCUUUUCUCUCAUUCGCUUCCACCACUUGAGGAUAGGAUUUUGUGGUUGUUGUUGUACGUCAUUUACCUCAGAAUCUGGAACCGCCGGAUCUAAAUACUCGAUGUCGUUAUUUGCAUGACGUUCCAACCAACGCCGUCGUCUAUUUUGAAAUUCUUUGACUAUUCGUUCCAAUUGCCGGCCUUUUGGAUGAGGAUCAUAGGGUUCGAUUUCUUCUAUAUCCUUCACGAGUUGUGCUGCCGAAACACCCGGGGUUCCAACGCAUGUCCAGUAGACAGCCCUCCCGCCCAUUUCCUUCGACAAAGACCGUGCAAUAGACUCGGGCAAAAUUGGGACACCCGACUUGGACAUUCCCACCCCGGCUGCCAAGGAAUCUCCCACGACCAGCAAUCGCAAGGGUCUUUCAUUACCCGGUGUGUGAUUCGAGGAAGAUGAAAAUGGAUGUAAUAUCCACGAUGAAAUAGAUUUGGUUCUAUCCUCGUCAAUGGCAACCGCUACGCCUCUUGCUGGCAUCACAGGCCGAGGAGCAUCGGAAUGAUUGACCCGAUAAUCAUUUAGCAAUAAUGAGCCUUGGAGUAUUGCAAUCAGUGGAGUAGAAAAAUAGACUCCCAACGCCCAC